AUGGAGCCCGGCGCUGGCAGAGCCCGCAGGUCGACAGCGCUCUCUCCGCGCCCCCCGUCGGCGGCGCCGGCGCCAUCGCCGCGCCGUCAGGCCUGGGGGCCCCCAGGGCGACGGCGCGCGUGGUCCGGCACGCCUGCGACGCGGCGGCUCCAGGCGGCCCUCGGCCCGCAGGCGCUCGCGCAGCUGCGGUUGGCCAAGCCGACGCCUGGGCAGCAGCAGCAACAGCAGCGGCCGGGCAUCCAAGUGCCGCAGAUGGACGGGGGGACGGGCGGGACGCCUGCGGUGGUGGCAUCCUGUGCGACCUGGUGCAGCGGCUGA